UGCCGGAAGUCUACGUGCGCACACCGGCUGCUUUGACGUCGUGUUGCGGGCCAGCUUCCCUCAGGAUGACUGGGAGUGACGCAGGGCGGACGUAAAACAGCAGGAGCUGGAGGGGGAAGAGCGGGUCUGUGAGGAAGGAGCGGAGCGUUAGUUCCACAGAUGUCUGCGCUGCACACCGGACAUGACAAUCACACACAUGCGGGCAUCUUCACCGUGAGACGCGGCAACAAUCAUUAGAAUCAUUCUAAUAACAAGGGAAAUAUCAUCUGCACAUCCUCGGGGCGGAUCAGGGUGGACGCACUCCAGGUGACAUUGGUGUCGCUGUGUGUUCGUGGAGAGAGUGAAACGUGUUUUUUUUUUUUCUCCCCCCACCCCUCGCUGAACACCAAGUUGUGAGCCGCAGUCAGUGGGAGGAUAUUUGAAGGCCCCAAAUCUCCACCAUGAACUACCUUCGCCGUCGACUCUCGGACAGCAAUUUCAUGUCCAACCUGCCCAAUGGCUACAUGGGCGAUCUUCAGCGGCCCGACCCCGCGCAGCAAAGCCCCGCAGUGUCUCCAGGGCCGACAGAGAGGCGCCAGUCCACCAGUCAGCAGCAGCUGCAGCAGCCGCCGCCGCCGCAGCAGCAGCAGCAGCAGUCUGCAGGUGCAGGCUCCGGCUUCUUCUCAUCCAUAUCCAAUGCUGUCAAACAGACCACAGCCGCUGCGGCUGCGACCUUAUCCGAGGCUGCGGACCGGGCAGGGGUCUCCAGCAGUGCCAAGAUCCUCCUGGUCAUCGAUGACCAGCAGACCGACUGGGUGAAGGUCUUCCGAGGAAGAAAGGUCCACGGUGAAUUUGACAUCAAGGUGGAACAGGCUGAAUUCUCUGAAAUCAACCUGGUGGCAAACGCCACUGGCUCCUACAACGUGGACAUGGAGGCGAUCAGGAAUGGACACAAGGUCACCAAGUCCUUUAAGCCGGACUUCGUGCUGAUCCGACAACACGCCUUCAGCAUGGACAAGAACGGGGACCACCGGAACAUCGUGAUCGGGCUGCAGUACGCCGGACUGCCGAGCGUCAACUCUCUGCACUCCGUCUACAACUUCUGUGACAAGCCGUGGGUGUUUGCUCAGAUGUCUCGAGUGUGUAAGCAGGUGGGCCCAGAGGAGUUCCCGCUGAUUGAGCAGGUUUACUAUCCAAACCACAAGGAAAUGAUCACCUCCCCUCGCUUCCCCGUCGUGAUAAAGAUGGGCCACGCUCACUCGGGAAUGGGAAAGGUGAAAGUGGACAAUCAGUACGACUUCCAGGAUAUCGCCAGCGUCGUGGCACUGACCAAGACGUACGCCACGUCGGAGCCGUUCAUCGACGCGAAAUACGACGUGCGCAUCCAGAAAAUCGGCAACAACUACAAGGCUUACAUGAGAACAUCCAUCUCUGGCAACUGGAAAACCAACACUGGCUCAUCCAUGCUGGAGCAGGUGGCCAUGUCCGACAAGUACAGAUUGUGGGUGGACUCCUGUGCGGACAUCUUUGGAGGCUUGGACAUCUGUGCUGUGGAGGCUCUGCACGGUAAAGACGGCAUGGAUUACAUCAUCGAGGUCGACGACUGCUCGAUGCCACUGAUUGGAGACCAGCAGGACGAGGACCGGGUUCAGAUCGCUGAGCUGGUCGUCAGUAAGAUGAACCAGACCGUUCAACGCACUCCCAGCUCUUCCACAGUCCGUGCCAUGGCAGGACAGCCGGCACAGAAAGCAGUGUCUCCUCAGCCUGUUUCUCAGCCCAGAGUCCCACAGGCUCAGCCACGGCCUUCACCUCAGGGUGGUCCUCAGCAAAGCCCUCCAUCUCAGCAGCGCCCGUCUCCUCAGGGCCAGCCCCCUGUACAGGCCCAGCAGUCGGCUGCCAACCCUCCCGCAGGUGAACCCAGUGCCCAGGCGAAGGGUAACCAAGGACCUGCGGCCCAACCACGGCCACAAGGUGCGGGAGCUUCUCCGGGUCAGAGACCUUCUUCUGGACAGGGCUCGCCUCAGCGGAGUCACGGAGGCUCCCCUCAAGCUCAACGGCAACAGUCCGUCGGCCAGAAACCUCCCGGCGGCCCACAGCAGAGGCCCGCCCAGCCCCCGAGGCAGCAGUCGCAGGGGGGGCCGCAGCAACAGAGGGCGCCUGGGCAGCAGGGUCGUCCUGGAGGGGCCACCACCCAGCAGCCGCGACCUGCUGCUCAGGGCCAGGGGCCGCCGGGAGGACGACCCCCACUGCAGCAGAAGCCUCAGCCGCCACAGAAGCCCAGUCAGGACAGCCCGGCUAUGGGCGGCUCUCCACAACUAAACAAGUCCCAGUCUCUUACCAAUACCUUCAACAUUCCAGAAACCCCAGCGCCACGAGCCAGCCUUAGCCAGGACGAGGUGAAGGCCGAAACCAUACGCAACCUGCGUAAAUCUUUUGCCAGUCUCUUCUCAGACUGAGACGGCGUAAUAUGGUCCCUCCCUCUCCCCCGCCCCCUCCCCCACAAACUGAAGGACAGACACCUUCUCUCUCCGCCCCCCCGCCCCCCGCCCCAACAAACAAGGACCAACAGGAUGCCGCCUCCAAUUCAAUGUACAUUGACCCAGAUAUGAAAGAUGUACACACUUUGACACCCACUGCCUAAAUCUUUUAAAAUAGAAUAGAUAGAAUACAAAUUCAAGUCUAGGCAACUGAUGUCGGAAACAUUCCUCGUUUCACCUCAAGUAAGUCGUCAUUGUGACACAAAACACACACACACACAAAAAAAGAGUCCUGUAUAUGCAUGAAGACGCGCACAAUUAAGCAAGAAAUCAACACAACGCUGCUUCCACUUUCUCGUCCGUGCUGUAAAGUCAUUGUGGUCUUUAUGUUUGAACUUUGGUUGGCCUACGUAUCCAUCAAAUGAGUUAAGGGGCCGUAUAAAAGUUAUUCACGUGGGGGGGCGGAGUGUUGUUUUAACACCUUUAAACGUGUCGAGGUCAAACAAUUAAAUGGAUUUAAAUACUUUAAACGUUAAAAAACGUCGAUCGCCAAAAUGAUUCCAUUUUUUUUUUUUUGUAAUGAUUUUGUUGUUCUAUGAAGCAAAGAAAUUAAGAAAAUAUUCACAUUUAAGUAGCGGAAACAAUCCGAAAUCUUGUUUUAAUCAUGAAAAAAGCUUGGUUAUCAUUCAGCUCUAAUAUCAUCACACAGUGGAAUUAAAAACACCUCCGUAGCAAAAUAGUCUCUGACAAAGACCGCCCCCUUUUUUCCACUAGUAAUAAUUUUUGUACAGUCCCUAACUGGGCACAGCUGCACGCACACACACACACGCACACACUCUUCCUGUAUUAGCUUAGGCUAGCUCUGUCGGAGCUGUUCAUGGUGACGUCGUAGCUGCAUGUCAACAGGAGGCAACACUGGCGCUUGUAACUGUGUUGCCACGCGUAGUCGGGUUAGUUAGUCGCGUAGCCCUCGUAGGUGUUUGUCGUGAGUAUGUCGUCCGGGUUUUUUUUACGCGGUUUAAAAAAAAAAAAGAAAAAAGAAGGAAAGACCCAAACAGGGUCUACCGUUGCAUUUCCGUUGUGGCUGUUAAUGGACAAGUGAAAGAAAAGCAUGCAUUUAAAUGAGGUGGACGUUUGUUUUUGUUUUGUUUUUUUGGUGAUUUCGAAAAAUGCAUUUGCACAGUAUAUCGCAACAUUAUACUUGAACACGGUGACACAGGCUGAUGUGUGUGUGUGUGAAGUUUGGGACUGUUUUCAGGAAUGUGUAUUAUAUUCUCCCAUUUGAGUUUCCUUGGUGCAGAACACUGUCAGGCCUCGCUCCGACGCAUACGCAGCCAAGGAAUCAUCGUGAUAAUAAAGCCAAGGUUUAGGAACAGUUAGUUUGAUCAUCACUCUGAGAAUCUGAGCUGUUGCUGAAAACAUGGGUGUGUUUCCAGGCACUGAAAACGUCUUCCAGAGCAAGUGUGUUUCAUUCGAAUGUUGAUGUAGUAUGGCAAUAUCCACCCUUUUUCUUCUUUUUUACCCAAUAGCCAGAAGAAUAGAUGAGUCCUGGUUCCCCUGCAGAUUCUCCACACGGCCUGUGUUUAUCAGCCUUCUUUCUGUGUAGCAACAGUGACCCCUUGUGCUCGGUGGUGCGUAAAUGUCUGAAUGUCGUUCAGUGAAAACCAAAUAGAUGUUGUACAGAGCUCCGAGUGAUGCGGAUCGCCCUCUUUAUCCCCCGCUGCCGUCUGUGCUUGUUAAUGACUGUUUUGAGCUUUUGAUUUCCAGGUUCGUCUCAGCGACCGCACACAUGCUUCUGUGAGGCAUGACUCUGUGUAUUUUUAAAUGCAUUCGUAAUGUUUGCCUUAUUUUCAACGUUUUACACAGACUGGGUGUCAGUAUGGGAUUGUCAGAGGACACUGCCAGCAGCAGAUGUUCUAACACUCGGUGUGUAAUUUUAGAAAAUGGGCCGUCCCUAUUAGCAGCUACGGAAGAGGAUUAGGGCCACAGCAGGAAAAAGUCAGAAUUCUGAGUAUAAAGUCAGACAUUCUGAGAAAAAAGUCAGAAUUAUGUGAAUAAAGAGUUUUAAAGUGAGAAAUUCUGAGUCAGAAUUCUGAGAAUAAAGAGUUUAAAGUCAGAAUUCUCACUUAGAAUUUUGAGAAUAAAGAGUUUAAAGUCAGAAUUCUGACUUUAUUCUCAGAAUUCUAAGUCAGAAUUCUGGGAAUAAAGAGUUUAAAGUCAAAAUUCUGACUUAGAAUUCUGAGAAUAAAGAGUUUAAAGUCAGAAUUCUGAAUUUAUUCUCAGAAUUCUGGGAAUAAAGAGUUUAAAGUCAAAAUUCUGACUUUAAACUCAGAAUUCUGAGUAUAAAGUCAGAAAUUCUGAGAAAAAAGUCUGAAUUCUGACUUUAUUCUCUGAAUUCUAAGUCAGAAUUCUGGCAAUAAAGAGUUUAAGGUCAGAAUUCUGACUUAGAAUUCUGAGAAUAAAGAGUUUAAAGUCAGAAUUCUGACUUUAUUCUCAGAAUUCUGGGAAUAAAGAGUUUAAAGUCCGAAAUUCUGAGAAAAAAAGUCUGAAUUCUGACUUUAUUCUCAGAAUCCUAAGUCAGAAUUCUGGGAAUAAAGAGUUUAAAGUCAGAACUCAAAUGUUUGUUCCUGUAUGGUCCUAAUCCUCUUCCAUAAGCAUGAGUGGUUAAGUAUGAAAAUGUUAUAUUUUGUCACACAUCUGCUGCGACUGACAUGACGAGGUGUGAGGUCACUGUAAAAAAAGGACUUUAUUUUCUUUAUGUUUUUGAUAUUAUUCACAGAUAUUUGACAUUUUUCACGGUGGAUCUAUUUGACUGUGAAUGUAAUCAUUUCUUUGGUCAUAGUUUUUUUAUAUAUAUAUAUAUAUAUAUCUUGUUUUCCAAAUGCAGCGUAUAAUCAUUGUGGUGAGAUGAUGACGAAGUCCUUGCAGAUUUGAAGUGAUUGUCAGUCGAUGCCUGCAAGAUUUAAAAAAACAAAAAACAUACAUGCAAGAGCAAAAAUGAAAGUUUUUUUUUUUGUUUUUUUUGUCGAUCAUGAAAAUAAAAUAAGAUAUUGCAUAACGCAAAUCACGGUGGGCUAUUAAAUGAAAUGAAAUGAAAUAAAUGUAAAAGAAUAUUAGAUGUUAUAUGCAAUGUAACUAUAUCAUGUGAAGAUGAGUGUGUUCUUAAAACAUGCACAUGUCUAAUAAAGACUACUGACAUGA